AUGACAGAAAGAAGCAAUGAUGAAACAAGAAGUUAUUUUUCAUGGAAUUUGGAGAUGGAACGUGUGUUAGCUGAAGUAUUAAGAGAUCAAAGAAACAUGGGCAAUAAGAGUGACGGAGCUUGGAAAAGAGUUGCAUAUAAUGCUGCAGUUGUAGUGUUAUCCAACAGCUUCAAAGUCCAAGUCACUUGGGAGAAUGUUAAAAAUCGAAUCAAACUUUGGAGAUCAUGGUAUGGAGUUGUAAGUGACAUCCUUGGUCAGAGUGGAUUUGAUUGGGAUGGAACCAAACAUAUGAUUACAAUUGGUGAUGAAAAUGUAUGGAAUGAAUAUGUCACUUCGCAUAAGGAGGCUAGACAUUUUCGAUUCAAAGCAAUUCCAAAUUGGGAUGAUAUAGUGGAUUUAUGUGCUAAAGAUAGAGCUACUGGUCAUGGAGCUGAAACUGCUAUGGAUGAUGAUGAAGUCAUGAGUAAAGAGAUAACUGAAGUAAAUUUUGUGGGUUUGGAGGACUUGAAUGCUACUAUAGAUUUGGAGGAACCAAACUCUAACUUAAAAAGAAAAGCACAAUCUACUUCAAGUUCUACUAGUACACAAUCUCAAAGGAGAAAUAUUAGUGAAAAAGAGCUAAUGGCUGCUUCAAUGAAAGAUGUGGCUGAGUCUUUUAAGCGAUUGACACAUGUAUAUGGUGAAAAGGUUGAUGAAAAUGAAAUCAAAGAAGUGCUAGAUGAGGUGCGUUUAAUGCCAAAUCUUACUAAAGAACAAUGGGCUAAAGCUGUUAAAUGGUUAGCUGACAUGCCAAAACAAUUAGCUAUUGUGAAAGCCCUUCCAAUUGAGCAGAAGGAAGAUUAUGUUUUAAUACAUAUUUCUACAACUUAA